CCCUGCUUUGGCCGACCAAGGUCUGAGGCCAAACCUCCGCACCAAUCAAUGCCAAGCACUCCACCUCGAAUAGCGAUUAUUUGUCUUUGGUUGGAACUGGCUGAGGAGAUAGCAAGCCAGAUAUCUAGUCAAUUUCAAGUCAAUGGAGAGCAUGCGCUGAGCCAUUGGAAUGCAUUGAUAUGGAAGGAAUACAGAAGUUUGGUGGUGUGUAGCCGUCACUUGUAG